AUGUCCAACAGAUUGGUAUCGGCACCGAUCACGCUCAAGAAUUCAUGUGGAUGCCUAAAAGCUCAACCUCAACCCACUCGGUUCAACCAACUCAAUCGAUUGUAUUCCACCAAUCAAAUAUCGUGCUCAUUAUCCUUCUCAUCAGCAUCUCAUAAAAACGCCAAGUUCAAACCGAAAAAUGACCCCAGACUGCUCUUCAAAAGCCCAUUUCAUUCUACCUCUUCCGCCUUCGCUUCUAAGGAUCCAUAUUCAGUGCUUGGAGUCAAAAAAGAUGCAUCGGGCUCAGAAAUAAAGAAAGCUUACUACGCGCUCGCCAAGAAGUAUCACCCAGAUAUCAACAAGGAAUCAGGAGCUAAGGAGCGGUACCAGAGCGUUCAAGAGGCGUAUGAUACUCUGAGCGAUGAAAAGAAGAGAGCAGCCUAUGAUCAAUUUGGACCGAUGUCGCAACAACCAGGCUUUGAUCCCAACGCCUUCGGAGCUGGUGGAGGCGGUUUUGGAGCUGGUGGAAACCCAUUCGGAGAUAUGUUUGGUGGUGGAGAUCCUGGGGAUGUAUUUAGCAGCCUAUUUGGAGCCUUUGGCGGCCGAUCCGGGGCUCGAGGAGGAAACCAGCAGGUUUUUGUUGGAGACGAUCUCGAGGCAUCGAUUACGAUUCCGUUCGAAGAAAUGGCCAAAGGGACCAGCCGAUCGAUCGACACCACACCCAUCGUUAACUGCCCGCCCUGUCACGGUGAAGGCAUCAAACAGGGAGCAAAACCACAAACCUGCCGAACAUGUAACGGGACCGGGACGAUGACCUUCGUUGUUCAGAGUGGCUUCACAAUGGCUAGUACCUGUCAGAGCUGUGGCGGAUCGGGUAAAAAAGUCGACGAUAAGGAUCUCUGUGGCUCUUGUGGAGGGAUCGGAAAAGUUCGAGAUCGCAAACAAGUCGACGUCAAAAUCCCAGCAGGUGUAGAGGAUGGAAUGAGGAUCAAGUUGGCUGGCCAAGGUAAUGCGCCAGUCGGCGGAGGUAAAGGUGGCAGGCCGGGUGAUCUAUACGUCAAAGUCAAUGUGUCUCCCUCGAAAACAUUCAGAAGGCAAGGUAAUAAUUUAUACACCGAGGUCAAGAUCCCAUUUCAUGCUGCCCUCCUUGGGGGAACCGUCCGAGUACCCACGCUGGAGAAAGAGGUCGAAGUUCAGGUCCCACGAGGUACCCAACCGGGCGAAGAACUGGUGCUCAAAGGCCGUGGAGUCAAACAUUUAUAUAAAGAAUGGCUUGGUGACUUAAUUGUCAAGUUCAAUGUCACAAUCCCAAGGUCUUUAACCAAUGACCAACGGAUAGCAUUGGAAGCCUAUGUGGCCACUCUUGAAGGGAAACCCAAUCCCACAACGUCAACAAAGUCUUCUACUGACUCUGAACCGAAUCAUGAUGACCACAGUGACUCCUCUAAUAGAUCAAGUGAUGGUCUAUUCUCUUCGAUCAAGAAAUUAUUUGGAAGAUAACACCUCUCGCAACGAGGCCAAAGCCAAGUUAAUGAAAUCGAAACCGAUGUCUUUUUGAACUCUCUCUCUUCCG